AUGGCCACUCAAUUUCUUCCUUCCACCCCGAAAGCGACACCUCCGCUGCCUCCUCCCACUCCAGAGGGUACCCUGACCCCUGGAAAAUGGCGACACCCUCAACUGGAAGAGAUCGUCCGGCGGCAAAAUGCAGCUACAUUUGAUCAGAAAAAUGUGAAGAAGCUCGUUUGGAACGGCGCAGCUUUGAUACUGAGCUGGACAUUUGGAUCUACCUUCAAAAGCUACUUACGCCAAAUACUCGAUACCAACCAUAUCUAUCAAGAAAUCCCGUUAUUCAUUCUCCAGCUCUUCUUCGUUUUCAAUGUUAUAGUGGCACUCUCUCCCCUCUUCCGGCCAAAGGACGACCUCUCCGACAUUCCCCUUACCCCCACCCAGCGCUCACUUCUUGGUUUGGAUCCUGCUGCCACACCACCAGCAACGCCUGGAACAGUAUUUGUUACCCCACCCAGAUACCGGCUUUCUUCACGCAAGGCCAGUCCUGCUAGCAGACAGCCCUCCCCAAUUUCCGCGAAUGCGAGCUUUUCUGAGCGUCGCUCUUCCAUCAGCACACCCUUCUCACCUGUAUCCAGCCCCCUGCUUUACAAAGCGAUGUCGAAUGGAGGCAGAGAAUCUGUUCAACGCCAGAGCUUUGGAUCCUCGUCCCCUCUGACUCGAAGUAACUCCUUUGGAGAGUCGACCAUGAGCAUGGGCCCAGGCACACCUUCCCCGCUUAUGGGAAAACGAGGAAGUCUGGGGGUCAAGAACAACCAAGAUCCCGCGCCCGGACGAUUAGGACCGCCAACCACUUCUAGCACUCGGCAAAUAAACAGGCAGAAAGCGCCCUCGCAUCACUUACACUUCGACAUUUACUGUGAAAAUCCGCAUGAAACCGAGAACGGCCUCUUUCCUUUUGCUAUGGGAGCUUCGGAGUCCAAGCUUGUCUUCAAACAGGGUAUCUUCCGCCUCUCCGAGGAACAGGAGAUCCCCGCAGACGACCCCUACUGGACCCGAUUCUGGGAACUUCCUGAAUCAACCGAAGAUGUCUUUAGCCUUUUCACACCGGCUGACAUACGACGCACACGCGAUCAUGCCUUGCCCAACUUCAAAACUCUCAUACUAGCAGUCGCGUCACGACUGACUGUAUUGAGAAACCAUCCCUCAUUCCCUGACCCCGAUCUUGCCCCCGAGCGUGAGGUCCUCAACUGCAUUCGGAUCCUCACUCGUCUCCUCCCCUAUGUUUACGAGGCGGAGCAUCUGGAGGAAUGGGAUGAUAAUGUAUUCUGGACACGGAGAAGGAGAAGGACAAGACAAUCACAGAUUGCUGGGGAGGUACUCUUCGACGAAGCACAAUCGGAGGGUAACCAAGAGGCGACAUCACCGCGUGCGGAGGAUUACGAAGAUUUGAAGCCUCUUGCUGAGGAGUUGAUAGACACAUUGAUGGACUUGCUCUUCUUUGCUGACUUCACAAUCCCACGACUUCCAACUGCGAAGAGCAAGGUCUCUUUUUCAAUUUGGCAGAGUGGUGUCGGCUGUAACACGGCUAUGGGGUCUAACAAAACAUUGGAGAGCAACCGAUGCGAGAUUCUGCGGCUUAUGCUUACUCUGACUGGAAAGGCCAUGUAUUUGCCGUCUAAUACAUUGCCCGUUCAGGGUGUCAAGGCAAUCACUUAUAUCACAACAUGCCAAGAUAAGCAGGCUGUCUUGACCCUCCUUUGCUCUCUUCUCAAUACAGCCAUGAAGUAUAACCCCGCGUCGUGGAGAGUCCCAUAUGACCACGUUGUUUGGAAAGAUCCCAGGCAGAUUUUGGUGAUUUAUUGCGUGCAACUUCUUCUUGUCCUUUUGAUGUAUCCUAUUCCAGAAGAUGGCCGUGGAACAACACCGAAGAAUUAUUAUCGCCAUUACUUCGGCAGGCUACAUAGACCUCAAGACUUCCAAUUCCUGGUGGAUGGCAUGACGAGAAUUCUGAACCAGCCGAUGCAAGCUACCGCUUCGUAUCUUCCUGGGAGUCAAAAAUCGGUGAAAUGGGCCCCUGAGAUGUUGGUCCUUUUCUGGGAGACCUUGCAAUGCAACAAAAGGUUCCGGUCAUUUAUCAUCGACUCUAAUCGCUCCCAUGACUUCCUUGUUCUAUGUAUCUUCUAUGCGAUGGAAUAUAGAAUGGAUCCUUCCAAACAAGGAGUGGUCCGGAUGUGCGUUUUCAUCCUUCAGACAAUGAGUGCGGAGUCGACAUUUGCGAAGAGUCUGAACAACAGCUUCGAAGCUCAAGAGACAUUACCACAAUCGAUCCGACUGCUCAAGUUCCGGGGGUCUUAUGCCGACUAUUUGAUCAUGUCAAUUCAUACAUUGAUGACAACCGGCAAGGGGAACCUAGACACUGUGUAUCCUCCACUUCUGAUCAUCCUCAACAACAUCGCUCCCUAUAUCGAACAUAUUUCUCCAAGCGCCUGCUCGAAGGUCAUUCAGCUUUUCUCUUCUAUGUCUGCGCCCAGCUUCUUGUUGGCGAACGAAUCCAAUCAUACUCUUCUUGCAUCGUUGCUUGACUUCAUUAACAUUAUCCUCGAGCACAAGUUCAUCGACAACUCAUAUCUUGUCUACUCGAUACUGAAGUAUAAGCAACGCUUUGAAGCCGUGCGGGCGUUCACUCUCGAGAGUGGCCAACAAGAGAUCGAGCGGCAGAAUGAGAAGAAGAAAGCUAGCAGUUCUUCAGAUGUCGCCGUCAGCCCUACAUUUUCGCAGUCAGAGGAUGAUCUACAUACUCCUUCGGGUGCCCGGUCGCCGUUGACUAGGAUCCCCGAAGAGAACAGCCCAUUUGCAAUUGGCGAUGAUGACUCCGAUGAUGAACGUGAAGAUGGGGCACAGACUCCGUCUCAAUCAUCAUUCUCAACUCAUACCUCACGGAGACCCUCCAUGGCAUCCACCACGGACGAGAAUGGAGUGCAGCAGGUGCGAGGAAUGUCCGAAAAAGCACGGGGAAAGAAACCAGCUGGACAUCCUCCAUUCUCCCGGCAGAACAGCAUGACCAGUCAAACAAGCAUGUCUGCUUUAUUCACCCCCUCUGCUAGUGGCUUUACACCAACCGUACCAUGGCUCGAGUCUUGGUUGCCCGAGCUUCCAUUGCAUACAAUCCUCACCAUAAUCUCGGCCAUUGCACCUCAUAUACCCGAUGCAGCGCUUGCCAGCGCAGCUAGUCCGGAGGCCCGUACACUAAUCCACAAUCUCCCAUCAUUUGCUGAAGAGCCUGGGGUUACAAGUAUAAUCUCCGAACCAACGCCGGUUCGCGUGCAAUCAUUCGAGUGGUCCGCACUUUCCAUGGGCUGGUACGAAUCGUUGCUGUGGGGCUUCAUCUUCUCCAGCGAGAUGGUAGUGGGUUCUGCUUCUGGUGCAACUCCAGGAACAGUUGGUGUCUGGAACGGGACAGCUAUUAAACUCUUCAGAGUCCAAGAAGCUGCCGCUCAAGGCCCGACCUUGCUUGCGCCCAAGGGUGCAGUUGAUGCUGUGGGCAGCAACCUGGUCCAACGUAUCGGAAACCUCAGCCUUCGGGGUCGGAACUCACAAGACUCUGGAGCUGCCUCUUCGCCAAGUGUGCGGGAGGUUUAA